GUACUGAUAGCUCAAAUCUUUAUCUGUAAAUUGUACAAAGGUACAAAGUAAAAUAUUAGUUGAUUGACGACACCAGUUGAAGAUGUGUAAUUUAAGGCAUAAAUAUUUCAAUUGAAUAUUUAUACUAAGGUGAUCAAGAUGGCUACGUAUUCUAAGUCAACUGUGGCUAGUGGCUCUGAUUCAUUUAUUGACUUUUGUUGUUUCCCCUGUUUAGAGAACAAAAUUGACCAGUGGGCUGACUUUUACUGCGAAAACUGUCAGAAAUUUUAUUGUGCAAAAUGUAUUAAUCUGCAUAGUCCGUUGUUUGGGACACAUGUGACAUACGGAAGGGGAGACACAAGUAAGUGGCCAGUGUCCAAGGAAGUGGAGGAUUUCCUUCAGAAAUGUGACCUUCAUGACGACAAACAUCUAGAAAUGUUUUGUGAGGACCACAGUCAGCUGUGCUGCACUAAUUGUGCUUUCCUAAAUCACAGACAAUGUGCUAAAGUAACACUGAUAUCCCAAUCAGUAAAAGGAUCUCCACCAAACUUGCAGCAACUAUCAAAAAAAAUCCAAAGCAUUCUUGAAGAAAUCAAGAAACUUCAGAAUUAUUGGGAUACCAACAUGCAGUCUUUGCAGGCUUCAUACGACAAACAAUUAUAUGUAAUACAUGACACGCGCCAAAAAAUAAAUAGUAUUCUAGACAACAUUGAAAAAAACACCAUGAAAGAGCUAGAUGAUAAGUUGGCCAGUCUGAAAGCAUCUGUCAAGACUGAUGCAGACAAUUGCAGCAAACUCAAAAAUGAACUCAAGCAACUCAAUGACGCAAUACAGGACAGUGUUGAUAAGGGCAAAGCAGAACUCACAUUUAUUGCAAGUAAGAAAUGUAUGGAAAAGAUUGAGCAGUCUGAAACAUAUCUGAAGCAGAACUCGUUUCAGGUUGAAAGCUCGCUGACAUUCCAGGCAGACAGGGAUUUUCAACAGUACUUGUCUAAAUUGUCAGGUCUGGGGAAGAUUGUACUCAGUACCAAGGAAACAUUAGUGUUAGUUGAUCCAGACCAGGCACUCACUGUACAAGGGAAGUCAGAGUAUAAUGUGCGCCUACAGAGUGAUUCAGUUAAGAACUGCUAUAUCGAGGCCAUUUGUGUUCUCUCUGAUGAUGAAAUCCUUGUUGCAGAUAAUGAUAAUAAAAAAGUUAAGCUACUCAAUCAUCAAUACCAGGUGGUGGGACAUUGUGAUUUAAAUGGUGAUCCAUGGGACAUGUGUAAAAUCACACCAAGUGAAGUAGCUGUUACUGUGGAUGACUAUUGGACACAUAAGGUCCAGUUUGUCUCUGUGAAUGGUGGGCAGCUGGUUAAGGGCAGGAUGUUACAGUUUCAACAUGAAUGUAUUGGUAUUGCUCAUAUUAUGCAAGACCUGUAUCUCACUUCUGGCACUGCACUUUACAAGUAUUCAAUGAAAGGAGCCCUGUUGACUAAGUUGUAUGAAGAUACAUCAGACGAGUUUACAGUAUUUAAGUGUGCAGUGAGUCCUUCAGGUGACAAGAUAUUUAUCACCAACAGUUCCCAUAGCAAGGUCCUCACCCUGGCCAGAGAUGGCACAGUUCUCCAAACCUUCACAGACCCAGACCUACAACACCCAAGGUGUAUACAUGUGACUGCUCUGGGACAGGUUCUGGUCUGUGGAGUGUCAUCCAGCACUAUCAUUCAGCUGGAUGGGGAAGGCAAGAAGAAGCUGGCAACUCUUGCUACCAAGAGGGAUGGACUUAAUCACCCACUCUCAGUCUUCUACAAUAGGAGCACAGCAUCCUUCAUUGUGGGACAACGUUUUUGCAAUAACAUCCUUGUGUUAAGAGUAAAAUAGGUGUUUU